UUGUGUAUUUAACUCUAUAAUCUGCAUUUUCUAUUUUCUAUUCUUUCUCGGUUGUUAUUGGGUUUUCACCUUUUUAAUAUAGUGUAUACCAAGUGUUUGAUAAAUUGCUUAGAUGUCAAGUGCUUGAAAUUGAAAUUUCUGCGAAAGGGACACAAAUUGGUGCAAACCAAUUCGCAAAAGUAACAUGAAUUGGUUCCCAGUUCCCAUGUUGACAACUUGAACUCUAUUACGUAAAAAUUUCUACUAGGAAGUUGCGCUUGAAAUGGAUAUAAUCUCCCAGCUACAAGAACAAGUUAAUUCGAUUGCAAAUUUAGCUUUUAAUACGGUUGGGACAUUGCAAAGGGAUGCACCUCCUAAUCGGCUCGCGCCAAAUUACCCUGAACCACCACCUGCACAGCCUACGGAGGAUGGGGCAAACUUUUCUGAAGAACCAAAGCUGAUGAGUGCUUCUUUGGUGAAAGCUGCUAAGCAGUUUGAUGCAUUGGUUGCGUCGCUUCCAAUAUCUGAGACAGGUGAAGAGGCACAGCUUAAGCGGAUUGCAGAACUACAAGCUGAAAAUGAUGCAAUAGGCCAAGAACUUCAGAAGCAAUUGGAAGCUGCAGAGAAAGAAUUAAAUCAAGUUCAAGAGUUGUAUAGCCAAGCAACAGAUAAUUGUUUGAACUUGAAGAAACCAGAUAUCAGUUAGUUACUUAUGCUGCUGCUGGUUGUGCUCGUAGAAGGAUCACAGACACGAGCUUAUCUCAUCUCAACUCAAAUCAGGGCCUGCUGCUCAAAUCAACUCAUGUAUUGUUCAUGUUGCAUGACAUUUUGUAGAAACUUGUAAAGAUAAUGAUGGUAAUUGCUCUCUCCUAAAGGAAAAACUUAUUGUGGUUAGCUAAUUAUUAUAACGGGAAAGUUAUUUUGACACCUUAAUAGGUGUCCUAUACUGUA